GUGUGGUGUUCUCUGUUCAGUGUCCAGAUCAGGAAUGUCUAUUGAUAUCAAUGAGAUGACCGUGUCUCGCUGCGUGUCGUGUUCUCUGUUCAGUGUCCAGAUCAGGAAUGUCUAUUGAUAUCAAUGAGAUGACCGUGUCUCGCUGCGUGUCGUGUUCUCUGUUCAGUGUCCAGAUCAGGAAUGUCUAUUGAUAUCAAUGAGAUGACCGUGUCUCGCUGCGUGUCGUGUUCUCUGUUCAGUGUCCAGAUCAGGAAUGUCUAUUGAUAUCAAUGAGAUGACCGUGUCUCGCUGCGUGUCGUGUUCUCUGUUCAGUGUCCAGAUCAGGAAUGUCUAUUGAUAUCAAUGAGAUGACCGUGUCUCGCUGCGUGUCGUGUUCUCUGUUCAGUGUCCAGAUCAGGAAUGUCUAUUGAUAUCAAUGAGAUGACCGUGUCUCGCUGCGUGUCGUGUUCUCUGUUCAGUGUCCAGAUCAGGAAUGUCUAUUGAUAUCAAUGAGAUGACCGUGUCUCGCUGCGUGUCGUGUUCUCUGUUCAGUGUCCAGAUCAGGAAUGUCUAUUGAUAUCAAUGAGAUGACCGUGUCUCGCUGCGUGUCGUGUUCUCUGUUCAGUGCCCAGCUCAGGAAUGCAUGGAAUGAGAAGAAGUCGGUGGCUCAGAACCUGGCAGAAAUGGGCCUGGCGUUUGACCCAAACAAGGCGCUCCCCGUCCUCAGGAAAAAGGCGGCAGCAAUGGAGAUCGAGACCUCGGAGGCAAGUGGAACACUGGUGAAGAAACCCUACGUUGUGGAUUCCCUGGUCGCGGAGGCCAGUCUCCCAGAGAAGAAGACACACUCUAUCUCCAGAGACAUGAUUGAGUAUGUGCAGUACAUGAUCAAGCAUCACAGAGACAAUUACAAGGAAAUGGCAAAGGACGAGAAGAAUUACUACCAGGACACACCCAAACAGAUCCGGAGGAAAGUGGAGCUGUACAGACGCUACCACCCCCAGGAGUACGAGGCAUUCAUGCAGUCCCUGAAACAACAGAAAAUGGAACUGUCCUAGCCUGUCCUAUUCCCCCUGCAAUACUUGAUGCCUGUUGUAGACAAAGGUGUCGAAUCAAUCUACUUUCCUUAGCUCUCAAUAAACUGUGUCGUUUUAA